AACAGCGCCACCAAACGUCCGAAUUAAGAAAGACAAGCCACGCGGAUGUGUUGCGGCGUGGGUCAAGCAGAUACGAGUCUAGAUUUGUUUAUAUAGAAGUUUUGUAUAUUCGUAUAUUAAUAAAAAAAGAGGAAAUGGGAGAUAGUACAGAAGAACAGACGGCACCCGAAUCGUGGGAACAGUACACAGACGAUAGUAGAAAAGCGGAUGAAAACUUAUCGAAAAGUAUCUCGACCUUAAACGUGGAUGCACCUCCAUUUGUGCCUUCGUUUGCCACCUUAUCAGCUGUCCAAGAACAACUAACUUUGCAUCAAACUAACGAAAACGAUAGUACAUCAGAAGUUUUAGAUUCAAAGAAAAAAGCUGAUGGUGCAAACAAAUCUCCAACAGAUGCGGGAGGUGGAGAUGAUUUACCAGCAGAUUGGGAAAAUGUCGAAAUAGAGGAAUCAAAUGCCGAAGAAGCAACAGAAGAUGGGCAAGAAGAAGAAGUCGAAAUAGAAGUCGUAGCAAAGAGUAAGAAGAAAGUGCUCCAAAAGGAGGAAGAAGGUCCUCGAAAAGAGCACGUCAAUGUUGUAUUCAUUGGACACGUAGAUGCAGGGAAAUCAACUAUUGGUGGCCAGUUACUAUACUUAACUGGAAUGGUCGAUAAGAGAACAUUGGAGAAAUACGAAAGAGAAGCCAAAGAGAAAAAUCGCGAAUCUUGGUACUUGUCCUGGGCUCUCGACACUAAUCAGGAAGAGAGAGAUAAGGGUAAAACAGUGGAAGUCGGAAGAGCUUUCUUUGAAACUGAAAAUAAACAUUUUACUCUCCUCGAUGCUCCUGGUCAUCGUAGUUUUGUACCUAAUAUGAUCGGAGGAACCUGCCAGGCCGACCUUGCCGUUCUUGUUAUUUCUGCUAGAAAAGGAGAAUUUGAAACUGGAUUUGAAAGAGGUGGUCAAACAAGGGAGCAUGCAAUGUUAGCAAAGACUGCAGGAGUGAAACACAUGGUUGUAUUAAUCAACAAGAUGGAUGAUCCUACGGUAGAAUGGUCCGAAGAGAGAUACAAUGAAUGUAAAGAAAAACUCAUUCCAUAUCUAAAAAAAUGUGGCUUCAAUCCAAAAACAGAUUUAGCUUUCAUGCCAUGCUCUGGAUUGACAGGUGCUUUUCUUAGAGACUUAGAAGAUGAAAAUGUGUGUCCAUGGUAUAGAGGACCAAGCUUCUUAUCAUACAUAGACAGUCUUCCUUCUCUCAAUAGAUCAAUAGAAGGACCUUUUAGAAUGCCAGUUGUGGAUAAAUAUAAGGAUAUGGGAACCGUCGUGUUAGGAAAAGUAGAAUCCGGCAGCGUAAAGAGAGGACAUCAAUUACUUUUAAUGCCAAAUAGAAAACCUGUGGAAGUUUUACAACUAUGGUCUGACGAAGAUGAAGUUUUGUCGGUGACAUCUGGUGAAAAUGUCAAGAUAAAGUUAAAAGGAGUAGAAGAAGAAGAAGUUUCUUCAGGAUUUGUGCUUUGUGAUGCUAUGAAUCCUUGUAGAACAGGAAAAGUAUUUGAUGCUCAGGUGGUUAUUUUAGAACACAAAUCAAUCAUUUGCCCUGGCUACAGUGCUGUUCUACACAUACAUGCUUCUAUAGAAGAAGUAUCUGUCAAAGCAUUGAUUUGUUUAAUCGAUAAGAAAACGGGUGAGAAGAGCAAAACACGGCCGAGGUUUGUCAAGCAGGACCAGAUUGCAAUCAUGAGAAUGGAAUGCGCCGGCGUGAUUUGUUUGGAACCUUUCAAAGAAUUCCCUCAGAUGGGACGCUUCACACUCAGAGACGAAGGUAAGACAAUUGCAAUCGGCAAAGUUCUUCGGAUGGUGGAAUAAUUCCAAAUUCAAACUAUCGGAUUCCCGUCUAAAUGGAAAAGAAAAUUUGACAGCUGAUUUUGACGAAGACACUCGAUUGGCCAAUAUCACAAGCUCAGACUUUUUCCAUCCAGGGUUUAUUAUGUGCAGGAAAAAAAAAAGAUUUUGUAUGGUUCGAGAAACGUUGUUUGGUGUAACUACCAAAAACUAAGGGUGGAGUUUUUCUUUAUAUAAAAAAAAAAAUCAAUACAGUUAAAUAUUGUUAUGACAUGAAACCGUGUAGUCAAGUGGUCACAUAAGGCAAGCAGAAAAA